UUGUUUGUCUUGCGCUUUGAUUCCUCUGUCGAAAUAUCUUCAAACUACAAGAUUCAAACUCUUCUUUUUUUUGUUCUGCAUCACGAAGCGGCAAAACUCUCUCUGUGGAAAAUAACCUCUCAUUGCUGAGAAUAUAUUGUGAGAUGAGGGAGUGGUUUUCACUUGGCUUCCUGCUACACAGCUGCGGCCUGUUCUCUAAUAAGUCAAACUUAACAGGAGACAAAGUUGCUUCACCUUUGUCAGAACGUCGCCUCCCAUGCACGACCUCUUUUCACAUCGACCUCGCUUUUAGCAGAAUCACAGUUCCUGGCAGGACGGUCCCCUUUCACGGCGGAGCAUCUGGGGAUGUGAGGUUGAGAGAGGCUCGGCCGCUUCCAAGGACUGUCCCCUGGAGGGUGACGGCUGAGGCUGCUGGAAGAUGAUGCUCUCAGCCUCGGAAGGAGGAGUUCACUGCAUCUUAGGGUGGCUUGGUCAUCCAGGAGAGCAUCUGAGUAGAGCUUCUGGAGAGCAGUGGCGCAGACACCGCCGUGUCAUCACAGAAAGUGAGGUUCGAUGACUGCAUGGGGAACGAAGACGUGACGUUCAAGAGCAGCAACCCCGACUUCAGCGUCCGGAGGGACGGGUCGAUCUUCGCCCAGGGAGAUGGAGCCAUGUUGGGUGAACCGGUGCAGUUUAAGGUGGUGGCCAGCGGUCCCCACACGCAUGUUUGGGAGACCGUGGUCCAGCUGGCGGUGAUCGACCAACCAUCACCGCAACAAAAUGAGGUCACCAGUAAAGAUGGAGCGGCAGCAGAAGCGCAGGAGUCGGCCCGAGCUCCGCCUGCCGUCAUCAGGUUCCCAACCUCCGGUCUGGGCCGGUCCAAAGGUCUGCGGCGGCUGAAGAGGGACUGGGUCAUCCCACCCAUCAACGUGGCAGAGAAUUCCAGAGGACCCUUCCCGCAGAUGCUUGUCAGCAUCCGUUCGGAUCAGGACCAAGACAUUUCCAUUCGAUACAGCAUCACUGGAGUGGGAGCAGAUCAGCCGCCCAAUGAAGUGUUCAACAUCGAUCCAGUGCUUGGGAAAAUGUUUGUGACCAAACCCUUAGACCGGGAACAUCGCUCCUCUUACCACCUGCGAGCCCAUGCUGUGGACAUGAACGGCAACCAAGUGGAAAACCCUAUUGAUCUGUACAUCUUUGUUAUCGACAUGAACGACAACCGACCGGAAUUCAAAAACCAGGUGUACAAUGGUUCGGUGGACGAAGGCUCCAAACCAGGGACGUACGUGAUGCAUCUUUCAGCCUUCGAUGCCGACGACAACACCACAGCCAACGGCAUGGUACGCUACCGAAUCCUGUCUCAGACGCCGCACAGCCCCAUCCCCAACAUGUUCACCAUCAACAGUGAGACGGGAGACAUCGUGACGGUGGCGCCAGGCCUGGAUCGAGAGAAAGUGUCCCAGUACACCAUCAUCGUGCAGGCCACCGACAUGGAGGGCAACCUGAACUUCGGUCUGUCCAACACCGCCACUGCUAUUAUCACUGUCACAGACAUCAACGACAACCCGCCCAUGCUGACCUCCAAAACUUUUUCCGGUGAGGUCCCGGAGAACCGGGUGGAUGUGGUGGUGACUAACCUGACAGUGAUCGAUGCCGACCAGCCGCACUCCCCCAACUGGAACGCCAUCUACAGGAUCAUCAGCGGGGAUCCUAAUGGACACUUCACCAUCCGAACAGACCCGGUUUCCAAUGAUGGCAUGAUCACUGUAGUCAAGCCCGUGGACUUUGAGAUGAAUCGGGCGUUCAUGCUGACAGUGGUGGUGUCCAACCAGGCCCACCUGGCCAGCGGGAUCCAGUCGUCGCUGCAGUCCACAGCCGGCGUCACCAUAUCUGUGCAGGAUGUCAACGAGCCCCCUUACUUCCCCACCAACCCCAAACACAUUCGCUUUGAGGAAGGAGUCCCUGCUGGCACCAGUUUGACAACCUUCUCCGCCUCUGAUCCGGACCGACUGCAGAUGCAGCAAAUAAUACGGUACUCAAAGCUGAACGACCCUGCGGACUGGCUGUCCAUCAACAGGACCAACGGGCAGAUCGUGACCACAGCCAUCCUCGACCGCGAGUCGGCUUAUGUGAAAAAUAAUAUAUAUGAAGCAACGUUUCUGGCGUCAGACAACGGCUCCCCGGCAGCCAGCGGCACCGGCACGCUGCAGAUAUAUCUAAUAGAUAUUAACGACAACCCGCCGGCGCUGGUGCCCAAGGAGUCUCAGAUCUGCGAGCAGAUGAACAAGAACGCCAAUGGCGUCAAUAUCACUGCGUCUGAUGCGGACAUGGACCCCAACGCUGGACCCUUUGUCUUCGAGCUGCCUCACUCCCCCAGCAGCGUCCGCCGUAACUGGACGAUAUCUCGGAUCAACGGCAACUACGCUCGCCUGGGUCUGAGUUACCAGAUCUAUCUGGAACCCGGGGUGUACGAGGUCCCGAUAUUCGUGUCGGACUCUGGGAAUCCGCCGCUCUCCAACAGGUCCGUCAUCAAGGUGAAGGUGUGUCCGUGCGAUCAGAACGGAGACUGCACCACUGUCGGGGCGGUGGCGGCGGCCAGCCUGGGAACCGGCGCCAUCAUCUCCAUCCUCAUCUGCAUCAUCAUUCUGCUGUGUAUGGUGCUGCUGUUUGUUGUCUGGAUCAAGCGGCGAGAGAAGGAGCGGCAAACCAAGCAGCUUCUGAUCGACCCAGAAGACGACGUGCGGGAUAACAUCCUGAAAUAUGACGAGGAGGGAGGUGGAGAAGAGGACCAGGACUAUGACCUCAGCCAGCUGCAGCAGCCCGACUCCCUGGAGCACAUCAUCAGCAAACCUCCUGGAGUUCGCAGGGUAGAUGAACGACCCAUCAUCCCGGAGUCUCAGUACCCUAUUAGACCUGUUGUUCCUCACCCUGGAGACAUCGGGGACUUCAUCCACGAGGGUUUGCGAGCAGCAGACAACGACCCCACAGCGCCCCCCUAUGACUCCCUGCUGGUGUUCGACUACGAAGGCAGCGGCUCCACCGCGGGCUCCGUCAGCUCCCUCAACUCGUCCAGCACGGGGGACCAGGACUACGACUACCUCAACGACUGGGGUCCUCGUUUUAAAAAGCUGGCCGACAUGUACGGUGGAGGGAACGACGAUUAAAUCCACCGCACGCGAACUCGCGCCCCCGUCAGCUAGCCUGCCACGCCCUGUCUGUCCAAACAGGGAGCCGAACUUUGAACAUAUAUUGAAAACACAAACACUGACCGCAACCCACCGAGCCGUCCAGUGACACCAGUGGCUGCUCUGCACCCGGGCUCUGACUGACACAGAAGCUGCAGGCUUUUUGUUCACGUUCCGGUUUUCUGUUCCUUGUGAGCCGCUGUGAACUUUGUCUGAUGUUACAUCUCCUCUUUUCUCCGUCUUUCUUUACAGUGAAGGUUUUUCUUUCAUCGUCACCCCCUCUGCCUCCUGACUGGAGCUUUUGUACGAGCUUGCUUUGUUUGAGUGGAAAACAGAGGGUGGGGAUUGGAGAGUCGGCCCUGCGUGGAGGUUACUGGCUUAUUCUUUGUUGAACUUGAAUUACUUAGAACAGAAGCACUGUUGUCUGAAAAAAAAAAGUGCCUUCAGUGGUGCAUAUUUUAACAGGCUGCCGCUAACUCAGGAUUGGUUGCCAUUCUCUGGGCUCGCACGCCCUCUCAUUACCCCGACCCUUUAAGUCAGACCUAUUCUCGCCAUCGCAGCUGUCGGCCGGCGCCGCAGAGGAGAGUGAAGCUGAGCAGUGCGUUAUCGUUUCACCUGAAUCACAGUAUGGAGAAGAGGUGAAGCCUGAGUUUGUCACCAGGUUUGCUGCUGGAUUUAUUUUGAAACUCACGCAUCUUUAAUCCAAAAGCUAGAACCAAAAGAUUGACUCAUCACAUGACAUGAACUAACUAAUGUCCAAGUGGUGAAAACUAUUUCCACACUCAUCCUUCAAAUCCCAUAAUGCACUGCAACAGUUGAAGCACUUAGAACAGAGACAAAAUUGUUUAUUAAAAUUGAUGGUUGCUGUCAGGCCCGUGCUGAAGUAUGCAAUACAUACACUUGUGGAUUUGGAGAGGCCUCCCAAAAAAUUUUUUUCUUUUUUUUAAACUCAUUUUUAUGAUGAAAGCCAUUAAAAACAAAUGCUUAUUUGACUGCGUACAGCCAUACUCAUGUUAUUGUUCAAGGUUAGCGUUGUCAUUCUCAGCAACGUCUCACGCAUCGCUUGACUAGUGGCGUCUUUCCAGUGGCUCAAGUUUGAGCGUACGCUGACACUUCAAGCAUCAGUGAGUCGCAGGAGGCCUGGUACUGACCCCUGCGGAACUCCAGAGUUCAGAUGAUUCCCUGGAAAUCUUUAACCUCAGUGUCUCAGGUUAAGGUUGGUCUACAAGGAGGAAAUAUUUCAAGUUAAAAAUUAUUCUUAAACAAAAUGAUAAUCGGAUAUUAAGGUUUCUUUAUAGUUAAAAUGCAUAAAUAGAUGCGUGAAAUCAACUAGUCUUCCAAAUCGCUGUCAUAAAAUAUGAAUUUGUUGUUCGUAAAAAUACAUUUAGUUUUAAGGUUUAAGUCGUGAUUGUGUCCAGCAGGGAACCAGCUUCACUGAACAAGCAAGCGCAAGCAGUGAAGUGAUGCUUGAGGUGCAGGCAUGUUCUCACCGCCACUGGUCAGAUGCUGUCAACACGUGAGUGAGCCCACCACUCCAUCCUGUAGAGUCGAUACUAGCACACUCUUACGCCUCUAGGCCUUACUGUAUAUUGACAUACUGUACAUAGUCAGGUGUGAUAGUCGCUCUCCUUCAGUGGCUGAGCCAAGGCCGCCCCGAUCUGAGACUUCAAAUCCUUGCAGGCGUUCAGUGCCAAACUGGAAACAAACGUGAAGCGUAUGACACAGUGCCAUUACAAUGUUGAAUGUUAUCAAUGACUUACUAUGACAAACUGCUACGGCUCAUCUGUGUCCUCCAUUAAAGGCAAUUUGUGAGGAGAAAUGAGAGAUUUCUGGUGACAGAUGUGGUCCAUUUGUCUUUUCCAUGUACUUUCACUAAGGCUUGGGAGGGAAUUAACAAAUGAUUGAACGGAGAGAGAGACGUACUGCACCGCUGCAGUCGACGGCGGCUGAUGACAUCACUCCGGGCUCUCGCACUGGACGCUGCUCUGCAGUGGAGCUCUGAUGUACAUAAUGUAAACUCUGCUUGAAGCUCAUUCGACCAAGUUAGGCAACAGUGCAUUGUACAAUUCAAGCUUUUUGCAUGUGUCUUUUUUAUAACAGGGAGAUGAGUUCUAUCAAACAUAAGAAGAGUUUAUCGCAGCCCGCAUGACCGAGGCUGCAGUCCAGAACCGGUUCUGGUGUACCAUAGCUACCGAGUUGCAAACGAAAAGAAAAAAAAAAAAAAAAAAAAACUGCACAGUAUUGACGCCUAAAGAUUUCUUUUGUAAAUUGUUGACAGCACAAAUAUUUUGUAUUGUUGUUUGUACUGUUUUGUAAGAAAAAUAGAAAAGAGAAGAGUAAAAAAAAAAAAGGUGAGGAGCUGUUUGUUUUGAGCGUGUUUAUAGUGCCACUCUCUUGGUUUCCAAAUACUGUACAUGCGCAGCCUUGCAGAUGAACCUUGUAAAAUAGAGACGCCGAGGUGGUGACUCGGCAUCGUGUGUUCAAAAUAAAAAUGUCCCCUUCCUUAUCAGGCUCCUGUAUUUUAUUUAAUUUGUAGUACAUUUAGUACCUCAACAAUUAAGUGACAAAUUCCUCACUACAUUUCAAGUGGAAGUCACCUCAGUUGGGGAGCAUGACCCUCUGAGCCGCUCUUGAAUGCAG